AUGGCCAUCCCCAAGGCUUUGCUUCUUGCCAUCCUAGGUUGCAUCUGCUUAUGCAGCAGCACUGUUCUGUCAGCUCGCGAGCUCGGCGACGUGUCCACGGUGGAGAGGCACGAGCAGUGGAUGGUGAAGUACAAUCGUGUUUACAAGGACGACGCCGAGAAGGCGCAGCGGUUCGAGGUGUUCAAGGCCAACGUUGCCUUCAUUGGGUCGUUCAACGCUGGAAACCACAAGUUCUGGCUCGGUGUCAACCAGUUUACCGAUCUCACCAACGAUGAGUUCAGGGCAACCAAGACCAACAAGGGCUUGAAAAGGAGUGGCGGUAGGGCUCCAACUGGGUUCAAGUACAGUAAUGUCAUCACCGAUGCACUUCCAACAGUUGUUGAUUGGAGGACCAAGGGCGUUGUCACUCCUAUCAAAGACCAAGGCCAAUGUGGUAACUGUUGCUGGGCCUUUUCGGUUGUGGCGGCAACCGAAGGCAUUGUGAAGUUGAGCACCGGGAAGCUCAUCUCGUUGUCGGAGCAAGAGCUGGUUGACUGCGAUGUCCAUGGUGUGGAUCAGGGUUGUGAGGGUGGCGAGAUGGACGACGCCUUCAAAUUCAUCAUUAAGAACGGCGGCCUCACCACCGAGUCCAACUACCCAUACACGGCACGGGAUGGGCAGUGCAAGACCAGCAUUGCAAGCAACAGUGUGGCAACCAUCAAGGGCUACGAAGAUGUCCCCGCCAACGAUGAAUCUUCUCUUAUGAAAGCAAUCGCUAACCAACCUGUAUCAGUAGCUGUGGACGGAGGGGAUGUCAUAUUUCAACAUUACUCUGGCGGGGUGAUGACCGGCUCCUGCGAAACUGAUUUGGACCAUGGGAUAGCGGCGAUUGGGUAUGGCAUGACGAGUGAUGGAACUAAGUAUUGGCAACUGAAGAACUCAUGGGGCACCACAUGGGGUGAGAAUGGUUACCUCAGAAUGGAGAAGGAUAUUUCAAACAAGAGUGGUAUGUGUGGCUUGGCCAUGCAACCUUCCUACCCCACCGAGUAG